AUGGUACGUAGUCUAGCCGCGACCCCUCUCCUCCACUUGCGUCUUCCUCUCGUCAUCAGCGUACCAGUGCAUCAUGCUUCUCCAGAAGCUGAUUUUGAGGAUGUGACUGCUCCACCCUCAUUGCCACCUCGGUCUUGUCGUCGUCCCUCUCGGAACCUCCAUGCCGCUGCUGCCCAUUUCAUUUCGCCUGAUGACCAUUUUUCAUCCGCUUCCUAUAAGGCUCAUUACCAUGACAUUGUUGUCCAGCGUCCCAUGUUAAUUGAAGACAACUUUAGUCUUUCUGACCUUGGGAUUGCCUUCACCCACUUCAUCACAGAACGUCGCUGGACUCCCUUGGUUCAAGGCCUGCCACUUCCUAAUUUCUCCAUUGUACGUGAAUUUUAUGCGAAUUUUUCGAUUGUCACAAGUGCUAUUGUUCCUAGUCCUGCCUUGGUGAUUCGAGUACGGGGUAUAGAUAUUCGCCUCACAGAAGACUCAAUUGUUGUUGCUCUUGGGUUGACUUCGCGACGUUCUCCUGAAUCAAACGUUCUUGCCCCUAUAUAA